UGUGAAGCCCGUCCAUCCAUGGCCGAAUCCAGGUGACCUUAAGCGCUCUUGACUGCAGCUGAUCUGACCUCUGCAGGAUGCAGUGUGAGGAGGGCACAGAGUGGCUACUGGAGCUGCUGACAGACGUGCAGCUGCAGCAGUACUUCCUGCGCAUCCGUGACGAGCUCAACGUCACUCGACUCUCCCACUUCGACUACGUCAAGAAUGAAGACCUGGAGAAGAUCGGCAUGGGACGCCCCGGUCAGAGGAGGCUUUGGGAGGCAGUCAAGAGGAGAAGAGCUCUUUAUAAACGCAAGUCCUGGAUGAGCAAGGUGUUUCCGGUGAAACGUCCGGACACCGACCCCCAGCAGCCCCUUCCCCAAGGUGCGUCGUCCGGCACAGUCCCAGCCAGCAGCGAGGCGGGGGCGUCGCUCACCUGCCUGAUCAGAGAGACGGAGCUGCAGCUGUUUGAGCGGCUCGGAGACGGCACGUUCGGGGUGGUGCGGCGAGGAGAGUGGACCGGACCCAACGGCAGAGUGCUGUCAGUGGCAGUAAAGUGUCUGAAGGCAGGCGUGCUGGACUCAGACGGUCUGGAUGAUUUCAUCAGAGAGGUGAACGCCAUGCAUUCGCUGAGCCACCAGAACCUCAUCCGCCUGUAUGGUAUCGUCCUCACACAGCCAAUGAAGAUGGUGGCCGAGCUGGCUCCUCUGGGCUCCCUGUUGGAUCGUCUCAGAAAGCGUCAGGGUCACAUCCUCAUCUCCUCGCUGUGUAACUACGCCGUGCAGGUGGCGUGCGGGAUGGCCUACCUGGAGCAGAAGCGUUUCCUCCACAGGGAUCUGGCCGCCCGCAAUGUUCUGCUGUCCACCAAUGAGACAGUGAAGAUCGGAGACUUUGGCCUGAUGAGGGCGCUGCCAACACACACCGACCAGUACAUCAUGGAGGAGGGCCACAAAAUCCCUUUCCCAUGGUGUGCUCCAGAAUCUCUGAAGUCUCGUACUUUCUCUCACGCCUCUGACACCUGGAUGUUUGGGGUCACUCUGUGGGAGAUGUUCACCCACGGACAGGAGCCGUGGCUGGGCCUGAAUGGGAGCCAGAUCCUCCACAAGGUAGACGUGGAGGCUGAGAGGCUGUGCAAACCAGACGACUGUCCUCAAGACGUUUACAACGUCAUGCUGCAGUGCUGGAGCCCCAAACCUGAAGACAGGCCGACCUUCAUCGCCCUCAGGGACUUCCUGCUGGAGACUAUGCCCACAGACAUGAGAGCGCUGCAGGACUUUGAGGAGGAAGACAAGCUCCAGAUUAAAAUGAACGAUGUCAUCACCAUCAUAGAGGGAAGGGCAGAGCACUACUGGUGGCGAGGUCAGAACCGGGGCACGCUGCGUGUCGGACAGUUUCCCCGUCACGUGGUGACAUCGGUCGCCGGUCUGUCCGCCCACGACAUCAGCCGACCGCUAAAGCACUCCUUUAUCCACACUGGACAUGGAGACACAGACCCUCACAGGAGCUGGGGACACGCAGACCGCAUAGACAGUCUGUAUUUGGGAAACCCGAUGGACCCUCCCGACGUCCUGGGAAUGGACUCAGGCAACGCAAGACCAACCAAACUCCCCAACCGUGCCAAGAAGCAGCCUCCACCUCGUCCACCCCAACCUGCCGUUCUGUUCAAGAAGCCGUUCUACGACUCAGUGAUGGACGAUUACGAUGACGAGGACGACACCAGCGCCUCGUCGGGGCUGAAGAGGCUGGGGGCGUCCCUGGGUCUGAAGCUCCGGCCGUGGGAAGGGUCCGGCGUGCGCUCGGCCAAAAGCGAGGUGUCGCUCAUCGACUUCACGGACGACAGCUUCAGCUCGACCACGCCGUCGCCGCUCACCGAGUCACGGCAGCCGGAUGAGGACACGCUGAAGGACACUCCCUCCAUCCUGGACUGGCCUCUUCCUCAACCAUCCUACGACGAGGUUACUACAGACCUUGAGGACCAAUCGGAGGACCAGGAGGUUCGAUCAAUCAACAAAGGCUUCAACGAAGAGGCCUCGACGAACCCCGGCGUCGGCAUGGCGGGCAGGAGCGAGUCUCAGUCAGCCGACCUCUUCCAGGAGCUGCAGAGAGAGGUGAUGGUGAAGCUGCAGGUUCCCAUGGCAACAGGCCGCUCGCUCCCCUCCUCCCCCCUCCCCAUGCCUCUGGCUCCUUUGGGCCCCCACCGCCAGAUCUACCUGCCUCCUCCCUCCCCGUCCUCCUCCUCCUCCUUCACCUCCCCCUUCGAGGACCGGCCGGUGUUGCCUCCUCGCAGCCCCAUCCCUCCCCUGCGUCCCUCCAAACACAACCUCUCCACCCGCGCCACCAAACCACAGGCCCGGUCCAGCUCCAUUUCACUGGGCGACGAGGACGACACGCCUCCUCAGAUCCCACCCAGAGACCACGCCUUCUCUCAGCCGGGCUCCCGCUCCUCCUCACCCCUCCCGCUGGUGCCGCCACUCUCCAACUCACCCGUGAUCCUGCCCCCUCCUCCCAUCUCCGUCUCCCCACGUCGGGCAUCCGGACUCCUGGGUCCCCUGCUGUCCUCCAACUCCUCGUCCUACUCAUCAUCCCCACCUCAAGCCGCAUCCUAUUCCUCACGGCUGGCACCUCCAAGCUCGUCCUACUCGUCCAGCUCCUUACUGGAUCCUCUGGCGUUUCGAGAGGGGCGUGGCCUCUCCUCGCUGAUUGACAGCUCCCAAAGCCCUGCUCCCAUCCCGCUGCCGGAGAGACCAGCUUUUCUAGAGAGAUACGGAGCAGCCAACAUGGCAGCAGUGAAGCCCAUGAUGCAGCAGCAGCAGCCCGGCGGAGUCAAACCAAACACCUCGUACAACAACAACAAUGGGGGAGCUGCAGCUCCCAGCAUGCAACAGGAGCAGAGCAUCACACAGGUCCAAGGAGCAGUGCACGGCGUCACGAUGGAGGAGUGUCAAGCCGCUCUGCGAAGUCACAACUGGAGCAUCCGGCAGGCCAUAAACCAUUUGAAAGUGGAGCAGCUGUUUCGGUUGGGGCUGCGUUCGAGAGCGGAGUGUGAGGAGCUUCUGCAGCGCUGCCAGUGGAACCUGGAACAGGCCAGCACGCUCAUGCUGGACACAUACGGACCACAUCUCAAGAGGAAGUGACAGCGGGAGAACACAGUGAUCAGCCCCUUGCGUCACCUGGAUGACUCAUGGCUCCGACGAGGCAAGAUGCGUUUGAAUGAAUGGAGGGACAUAAGGCAGUACAUGUGCCUCACCUUCUCUACUGUGAAUAACUGCUACAACCUGUGUCACACGCAUGCAUGCUCAUUAUUAGCUAACAGAGCAGCUUGUUGAAUGAGUCACAGUAUUUACUUGAACAGUUGCUAUUUAUGUUGUUAUUUUUAUCAUUAGAUGAAUUCCGCUGGUCGCUGCUGCAGACUUUAUCUGACUUUGUCGUGAAUGCGUGCAUGUUCCAAGUAUGUGUGUGUCCAAACACUGUAAAUGCCCAUGCCUUUUGUUUGUUUGUUUGUUUGUUUGUUUGUUUUGCUGUUAAUGAAGCGAUAUAAAUCAGGGAAGUGUCAGCUAACAUAUGGUUGUACGUUUUGUGAAAAUGUACAGAUAAUGUUGUAUAUAACAUUUUACUGAGUGUGUCGACACACGUGCUAACUGCUGGUCAGAAGAUUAACGAUUUAUCUAGUUUGUGAAGUGGAAAUAAUACUGAUAUGACUGAUAUCAGAUAUUAUUAAUGUAUCAUUUGUGUUUUAAAGGUUCCCUGUGGAGGUUUCUUGUCAACAUUCAGAAAUGCGAAACCUGAGUUAAUCAUAUCUAAGGUCUAGUCCACAUGUACGCAGGUAUUUUAUGUUAAAAUGGGUUUAUUUAUCUCAUUUUGUUCCCCCCCAAAAAAUCUUCAUCCACACGAAAAUGCAAAAGCUAAUCGUGAUUCCACCAACAAUGGCACCAAGAGGAAGGACUAAAUCAUUAGUGUGGACUGAUUCUGAUGUCGUUGUUGUUAAAGUGGAAGAGUUUCUUCACAUUUGUGAGUAAACGUGUUAAACAAUCCUGUUCACCCUUUGUCCACAUCAGCCAUUACAAAAAAUCAGCGUGUCGGGGCGCCGCUAUAGCUCACCUGGUUGAUCUGGCAUCCGAUGCACAGGGGCUAAAGUCCCCGACACAGUGGUGGUGAGUUCGAGUCCGGCUCAUGACUGUUUGCUGCAGGUUUUUCCCUUGUUCUCCUACUUUCGUGUCUCCCUCUCUCUGGCCUGUCUAAUAAAGCCAAAAAAGGCCAAAAAAAUACAGUAGACGGAUUUUCAAACAACCUUAAUCGUGGAAGAAGUUUAACAAAAAGCUGCGUUUUUAGUGGACAAAAAGCCAAAGUGUAUAGAAAAAUCACCAUUUUAAAAACAUAACCGUGUGCAUGUGGACUGAACCUAAAUUUACUAGCAAGCUGUCUUCUUCCUUCCUGCCUUUGCUGGCACAUUGAAACCACCUGUUGGAUGGUGAAUCACAGGAAAACGGCUCCACAGGACUAUUAGAGUUCACAAUCUCCACAGGUUACCUUUAAACGAGGCUUUAGAGGUUUUAUAACAGCAGGACGUCUGAGAGAUUGAUGGAUUGAGGUCUUUAAGUAUCAUUUUCUUCUGUCGGAUGAAGACAUCCGCCAUCUCCUCAUGAAUACAGGGUAUUAGUCAAACCUGCGAAUUAGAUAUUUAAUGCAACUCAUGAUUGGUAUAUCUUCCUAUGAAACUGCUGUAUGAUAAUCAUGGACACACGCUGAAGAGCUAACCUGUCGUUCAGCUGAUUAAGCAGGCUGCUGCUGUGUAAAUGCGUGCUUAGCGCUGCAGGUAGGCAGCUGACGUCCGACUUUAUUGUGUGUGUGUGUGUGCAGAUAUCGAUGUCUGUGUAGGUUCUCAGUCCUUCAGGCCAUUGUAAUAGUAGAAGUGGACUUUAUUCUGGUUCUGCUCUGAACUCAGAGGCUCUGGUUGUGAGUCGGCAGUAACAAUAUACAUCUGGGACUCCCCCCGCCAGUCAUUUAGAACUGAAGAAGCCUCUUAGAUGAGAGUCAGACGUCUUUUAGAUGAAGUCCAGCUGCCUUCUACUGAAGCUCUUGCUGGUGCAGAUAUUGAUCUUGAGUGUGAUGUGCUGUAGGAACUUAUCAGCAGAAUACAAUAUUAAUAACAAACAGUAGAUUGUUGCAGAAGCUUUAGCUGUUAACGGACCAUCAGUCGCAGGUUGUUUCCAAAAUAAAAGUUUAGACGGUAAGAUUAGGAGGUUAAAUGUCACAUUGUGGCAGGUGGAUGUUUAAAACAGUCGUGAGUGUGUGUGUGUGUGUGUGUGUGUGUGAGGCGUCGCUUACGCUCAGCUGUAAGCUCGUGUGCUGACAUGUUUUUUUGUGAAGCCGACUGCGUUAUGCUGUUUAGUUAGAGGAGCUUGAAAAUGUAAAAUGCAAAAAUGGCCUUUGUUGUUUUAUAAUAAAUUGAAAUGCUCUUUUCA